GCGAGCUUUUGACCUCACAGAUUUAGGAGAGCCCCCAUUGGAAGAAACAGGGUGGUUCUGUCUCCUAGGUUUGCUGUGCGGCUUAGUCGGGGGUGCGGUUGUCCUGUUCACUAAAAAGUGUUUCGCAUUAACGCAGAAGCUGGUGAAGAUGAAUAAUAGUGGAGGUGGAGGUGCUGCUAGACCAGUUACGGAGCCGGCUACAAUUACAUCCACCACAUCAACAUUCAUGAUCAACGGCAGCACGUCUUCCUCAGCUCGAACUAGUAGUCGUUUUCCAACUUCCAGGCUAAGGAAAGUCCUCAACACCAUUUCUAGAACCAUCAGAAUCAAUCUGCUCUAUGCCUACGCUCUUGGCGUGGCUCUGUUGUGCGCGGGUGUGGUCUUCUUAGAACCCGCAACGGCACACCAAGACAAAGACGUUAUUAACGCCUUAUUUUCGAAGAAAACUGUUACAGAACGGCUUGCUUUUGACGAUGCUGCUAUACUGGAGAACGAGAAUGAACUUUUUGGUGGUUCAUCUGUAGUGUUUACAAAUGCAGCUGGCAGCGCUGCUGCUGAAGGAAAUCCAAAUCUGUUUGUGUAUUCUGUGGAUUUCAAGAUUUUGGUUUUUCUGAUUCUUCAAAAAGCCAUUUUGUUUCCUAUCGCAGCAAGCUUACCCUUGCCAGCUGGUGUCUUUACGCCUGUUUUCGUGCUUGGAGCUGCGGUUGGACGGUUAUUUGGCGAAUUUUUAGACCUACCGGAACCGGCUCUCUACGCCGUUGUUGGAGCAACGUGUGUGACGUGUGGCGUGACGCGCAUGAUCUCCGUCAUUGUGAUCGUGUCGGAAUUGACUGGGCAAAUCAAUCACCUGUUGCCGUUGCUGUUGGCAGCCUGCGUGUCGUUUUGCAGCAGUGCUUUAUUGAGUGAGCCGAUAUUCGACGUGAUCAUACACCUGAAGGAAAUGCAAUUUCUGCCUCAUCUGCAGAAUCCAGCAGCAUAUGCGCGAUUGUGUGCGGGAGACCUGUGUCGAGGAUUGGUCGUGACUGAAGAUGAAGAAUGCGUCAAAGGGACUGAAGAUGAAGAAUGCGUCGAGCAAGGAGAACACCAAGAUUGUCCAUCCUCCAGUAGAAGUGACGACAAAAUUUCAAACCUGUUCCUCUACGAGAGCUUCACGCGUUCUGAAUUGAUCGCGUGUCUACGGCUUGCGCGUGCUCAUGGUUACUGUCACAGUUCGUGGUAUUGUGAGGAGAAAAAGAUCGCCAAACGUAAAGGCACGAGCACAACGACGAGUCAAGGUCAACAGAAUGCAAGACUGGAUCAAGAAGAGCCCAUAUUAUCAGAACAAGAACGUACGGCUGGUAUCGAAGUCGAGGAUUCCUAUCGUGCAGGAUUGAGAAGUAGUUUGCUAGCGCCAGGAAACUACUCGGAUGAUGAAAGUACUUCAGGAGCAGGGCACCUCCUAGUAGUCUACAACACUUCUUCUAGACCUAGAGGGACGCACGUUGAAGAUCUUCAAGAAGAUGAGGAUCAUUUUUCCCCUUCUAGAAGAAAUAUGGACAAUUAUCGAGAAGAGCAGCAAGAUGCCAAGCAUAAAGAUAAACAUUCUGCGCUGCAUGCUGUAUCGUCAACGCCGUCUGUUCCCCAGCUUCAGGACGCCUACUCGGAACAAUGCAAUGCAGAGGAAGAACACUUGCUAACUGAGCACUUUGCAGCACACUGUCUACCCAUUGCAGUUGUACAGAGACCUUCUACAGCUGGCACGUCCUCGAAGAAGAUUCUCCGCCACGUCUUCCAUCCAAAUGAAAACUUGCUGGACGACGCACCCCUAACUGUACCGGCAAAAAUGUCACUCGCGAGAAUACACUUUUUGUUUCUCAUGCUAGGAUUGGAUACGGUUUUUGUAUUGGACCAAGAGCAAGACUAUAGACAAGAAGCCUGUACUACUAGUCGUGCUGAUGGACGAGCAGAAGUGAUCGGUAUCAUCACACGAGACUCGUUUUUUCAAGCGUUGAAUACAAUGUCCUGCUGUGUCUAACAAAUAUGAACGCUUCUAUUCUGCGCACGAGAAAAAUGCUAGAGGAGAUUUGGUUGACGAGAACGAAAUAU